UGGUAGUUACGUACGUUGUCAUAUACAUUAUGCAGUUUCACUUUUGCCAUUACUGCCAUUAUUAAUAAUUGAGUAUGACAAGGUCGCAAUAAGAAGAACAGAAGUAGUUAAUACAAUAUGGUAUUUGGAAACAAUAUGAACUUUAAUAUUUGUUUCCUAAAGAAAGCAAAAGUUUUUAUUUUUCCAAGACAGCGCAGUGACAGUGUAACAACAAGUGCCCAAUUUUAAUCAACAAACACAACAUACCUAACCAAUAUGCAGCCGCUUUCAGAAAACGCAGUUAAUGUUCCAGCAUUUUUGAGUAAACUUUGGAAAAUGGUUAACGACCCUUCUACUAAUCAUUUAAUUUCUUGGAGUGCAGCUGGGAAUAGUUUUAUCAUCCAAAAUCAAGCACAGUUUUGGUAUGAACUUCUACCUCUUUAUUAUAAGCAUAAUAAUAUGAGCAGUUUUGUCCGCCAGCUUAACAUGUAUGGAUUUCACAAAAUGACAACUGUUGAAAAUGGUACAAUGGAUAUUGAUAAAGAUGAAAUACAAUUUUACCACCCUUAUUUUCAAAAAGAUCAGCCUGAAAUGUUACGAGAAAUCAAGCGAAAGGUAACUGGUACCAAGACUGUGGCAUCAGAAGGUUAUGUACCCAGUUCAAUAAAAACUGAUGUCACUAAAGUGUUAGCAGAUGUUAAACAAUUAAGAUCUCAUCAACAAACAGUAGAUUCACAAUUGUCUGCAAUUAAACAAGAAAAUGCAGUUUUAUGGCGAGAAUUGGCCAUGCUACGGCAAAAGCACAUGAAGCAACAACAAAUUGUAAAUAAGCUCAUCCAAUUUUUGGUAACAAUAGUUCAGCCCUCAAAUAGAAUGAGCGGCCUUGGGGUUAAACGACGCUAUCCAUUAAUGAUACACGGUACUCCACACAAAAAAUCAAAAACGAAAAAUUCACGGUCAACCUCUGUUGGCCCAACAAUUCAUGAAUUAGAUACUGAAGUUGUAUCAGAUGACUUAUUUGAAGUUUCAGAUGACACCCAACAACAGCCCAAAGAAACAUCUCUUAGUCGAAACAAUAAAGAGGUACAAAGUCCUACAACACCUAUCGAAAGUUCUCAAAAAACUCCACCCGAUAACUUGUUUGAUGAUGUAAACAUCAACAGCGUGGGGUCUGUCUCCCCAGAUAUUUUCUUAGAUUCACCAGAAUUGGAGUAUUCACAACAACAUGAGGAGAAACCAGAAUUUAUAUCAAUUGAUGAAUUCCUUGAUGACCCCACUUCUGAAACAAAUGAAGAUGCUGCUGUUAUUGACAGUUUACAAAAAGCAGUUACAGAAGAGAUUGAGGAAUCUAACAAAUCUUCAAACAAGGUGUUCCUAAACCCAUCUGCUCAAGAUACAUUGCUGUGCAACCUGAUAUGUGGAAAUUACAACACGAGUAGUUUAAAAGUACAAGAAAAAGACAAAACGCCUGGAAAGAGUUUGACGGGAAAAAACAAUUUAACAAAUUCGGUGAACCAGCUAACAGAGGCUACAACUGCUACAAAUGAAGACAAUACUAUGGCAAUUGCUACCAGAGAUUCUUCAAGCGGAAAUGAUUAUAAACGACUGACCAUGUAAGUAUAACAAAAAGUUAUUAAAAUAUAAUUAUAUGAGUU